UUCGAUCGCAACUCUACAUCCAAAGCCCACUUCCCAAAACCCUCACUCUGCCGCCGAUGUCCACGCCGGAUCACCGGAAGAAGCCAGCCCCUGGCCGGGGCGGCGUCGAGAUCCCCGUUGGCCUCUCCGACGAGGAGGCUCGCGUCCGCGCCAUUGCUGAGAUUGUCUCGGCGAUGGCGGAGCGCUCGCGACGGGGGGAGACGGUCGACCUUAACGCCCUCAAAUCCGCUGCUUGCCGGAAGUAUGGCCUCUCCCGCGCUCCGAAACUCGUGGAGAUGAUCGCUGCCGUCCCUGAGGCUGACCGUGCCGCUCUCCUCCCCCGCCUCCGUGCCAAGCCCGUCCGCACGGCCUCUGGGAUCGCCGUUGUCGCCGUCAUGUCAAAGCCUCACCGUUGCCCGCACAUCGCUACUACUGGUAAUAUCUGCGUAUAUUGCCCUGGAGGCCCUGAUUCGGAUUUCGAGUAUAGCACCCAGUCUUAUACUGGCUACGAGCCCACCAGCAUGCGUGCUAUUCGUGCGAGAUAUAAUCCUUAUGUUCAGGCUAGAAGUCGGAUAGAUCAAUUGAAAAGGUUGGGUCAUAGCGUGGAUAAGGUUGAGUUCAUUUUAAUGGGGGGAACUUUCAUGUCUUUGCCUGCUGAUUAUCGUGACUAUUUCGUAAGGAAUCUUCAUGAUGCAUUAUCAGGACAUACUUCUGUUAAUGUUGAAGAAGCAAUCUGUUAUUCAGAGCACAGUGCUACUAAAUGUAUUGGCAUGACAAUUGAAACGAGACCUGACUAUUGUCUAGGGCCGCAUUUACGGCAAAUGCUAUCUUAUGGCUGUACAAGAUUGGAAAUUGGAGUCCAAAGUACUUAUGAAGAUGUUGCUCGUGACACAAAUAGAGGUCACACAGUAGCUGCUGUUGCUGAUUGCUUUUGUUUGGCAAAGGAUGCUGGAUUUAAGGUUGUUGCUCACAUGAUGCCUGAUCUUCCAAAUGUUGGCGUGGAGAGGGAUUUGGAAAGUUUUAAGGAAUUUUUUGAGAGCCCAGCAUUUCGUGCCGAUGGUCUCAAAAUCUAUCCUACACUUGUAAUCCGUGGAACUGGCCUUUAUGAGCUUUGGAAAACUGGCAGGUAUAGAAAUUACCCACCAGAGCUCUUAGUGGACAUUGUUGCAAGGAUUUUAUCUAUGGUCCCUCCUUGGACACGUGUAUAUCGAGUCCAAAGAGAUAUACCCAUGCCUCUAGUUACUUCUGGAGUUGAAAAGGGUAAUCUAAGAGAGCUUGCAUUGGCCCGUAUGGAAGAUUUGGGUUUGAAAUGUCGCGAUGUCAGAACACGUGAAGCUGGAAUCCAGGACAUUCAUAACAAGAUUAAGCCGGAAGAAGUCGAGCUUGUGAGACGUGACUAUGUCGCAAAUGAAGGUUGGGAAACCUUUCUGUCAUAUGAAGAUACACGCCAGGACAUUCUUGUUGGACUGCUACGCUUGCGUAGAUGUGGUCGUAAUACAACAUGCCCUGAGCUUAUGGGAAGGUGCUCUAUUGUUCGUGAACUCCAUGUAUAUGGAACUGCAGUCCCAGUGCAUGGGCGUGAUGCUGACAAGCUACAGCACCAGGGUUAUGGAACACUCCUAAUGGAAGAAGCAGAAAGGAUUGCUCAAAGAGAACACCGAUCGAAAAAAAUAGCUGUAAUUUCAGGUGUUGGUACUCGUCAUUAUUACCGCAAACUGGGUUAUGAGCUUGAGGGACCAUAUAUGGUCAAGUAUUUAUGAUGCAUAAUGUAUAAAUAGUCUGAAAAGAAGCAGAAAGGAUUGCUCGAAGAGAGCACGGAUCAAGAAAAUUAGCUGUAAUUUCAGGUGUUGGUACUCGUCAUUAUUACGGCAAACUGGGUUAUGAGCUUGAGGGACCAUAUAUGGUCCAGUAUUUAUGAUGCAUAAUGUAUAAAUAGUCUGAAAUGGACCCCCCAUUUUUUUUCUUUUUUGUAGCUUUAGUUUGAUGUUGGCAUAUUUCAGUUUUGCUCACAUUGUUGGUUGAAAGUUGUAUAAUUGUAAUAAACAAGUUUUUGUAAUUUAUUUUUAAUUUUUAA